AUGGGCCGUGCACUCUUCUCCCAACAAGUCAAGGCAGCCUCAGCCCCAGCAGUCAGGACGGAACCGGAGCCCAAGGUCGAUGUCUGCGAACGAUGGGGAGCUUGGAACCGCUUCGAUCCAGACUCAGAAGACUUCUUCCAGGACGCCGAGUACGAGGCCUUUAUUGACCCCGCACAACUCCAGCGUCAGCUCCCCCGGGACCUGUCGACCAUGAUUGCGGGAGGGGACAUCGACAUUUCCGACUCGAGCGACUCUAGCGAUUCCAGCAGCGACAGCGAGCAGGGCAGCCCGAUGGCCGUCGGCCCCGAUGACCCAGCCAUCCUGAUGACGGGUUCUUGGAGUGUGGAAUCCGAGGAAGCGGGUUCAGCAGAUGCAGAAUGGCGGGCUGAAGGGAACACCACAGAGACCCCCAUGUACGUCCCCGGCACCAGGGCUUCAGUCUUCACGCCCGGGCAAACAGGGGUCACCGAGGACGUUGGGAUACCCGUCUUCAUACCCCCAGCAUCUCUCCGCGCACUGACCCCCGAGAUCGAAGAUGGCAGAGGGCGAGACGCAGUUCUUCCACGUUCACCCACCCUGCGUCGAACAGUCAACAUCACCCCGAUCACCGUCUCGCGCAUUAGGGAACCUUCGAGCCGCUCGCCAUCCCCGCCCCCUCGUCGCCGCGCUACCGCCGGCGAGGCGCCCGUGGUCCCCUCCACCCCACCCACCGCCUCGUACAUGGGCCAGACCAUGCUCUCUCCUUCCCCACCUCCCUCCAUCACCCCUCGCUUCUAUUCGUGGCAGCACCACCCCAUUCCCGCCAUUCCUUCCAGCCCGACCCUCGCCCGAGGCACCCGCGACGGGCCUCUCACCAACCCACGCGCCCGCAUGUCCUUCGCCCGCAUCGAGUCGUCCCCCGGCCCCACCCGGGUUCGCGUCUCGAACAGCUUCAUAUGA